GAACCUCAAAGUGGUUUAGAUCGAACUAUAGCCUGCCCGCAUAAAGGUUGCACAAAAAUGUUUAGGGAUAAUUCAGCAAUGAGAAAGCAUUUGCAUACACAUGGGCCUCGUGUACAUGUUUGUGCUGAAUGUGGAAAAGCUUUUGUAGAAAGUUCAAAAUUAAAAAGGCAUCAAUUGGUGCAUACGGGUGAAAAACCAUUCCAAUGCACAUUUGAAGGUUGUGGCAAAAGGUUUUCAUUAGAUUUCAAUCUUAGGACGCAUGUAAGAAUACAUACUGGUGAUCGGCCUUAUGUUUGUCCCUUUGAUGGAUGCAACAAAAAAUUUGCACAAUCAACGAAUCUGAAAUCACACAUAUUAACACAUGCUAAAGCAAAAUCAAGAAAUACUAUAGGCCGAAGCUCUACAAUUUCUAAUGUCCAAUCACCACAAUAUGUGCAAGUCGACGUGUCUGAUGUAGAAAACCCACAAUAUAUUGUGUAUGCGGAUUAGUCCCCGAAACCACAGAUACAUGUUACCACAGACUUCAUAUUAGAUUUAAGUGAAUCGUAAUAUUUAUAGAUGGAGAGAAGGUUAAAAGUUUAGAGUACAUUCUUGAGAGCAACUUGAAAAUAUAUGUGGAAUUGUUUUUGGAUAUUAUGAUGCAGAGAUGGAAAUCUGGCAUAGUUAAUAGAAAUAUUUUUAUACCGCUGAUAAUGAGGUGAGAAAAAUAAUAAGAUAUGAAUUAUAUUCUUAUAAAGAUAAAUCAUGAAUAUUGAUGAAAUGAGAUUUACUUAACACUAUACUAAACUUCGAUUUCUGCAUCUUUUGUUUUAUUCUGAAAGAA